UUGGACUUGUUAUUUCUAAUAUUUUUAGAACAGAAAGUAACUUAGAGAAACCUAAGUUUCUUUUUUCAUUGUAAAAGCUUCUUCAAACCCCUCUUCCGCCAGAAAAAAAUUUCAGCCGCUUCUGUAAAUUGAAGCCAAACCUGAAAUUAUUUUAUACAAAUAAAAUCCUUUUCAUUUCAAUUUCCGUUGUUCCAAAAUCAGUCUCCUUUCAGAAUGGCCUCACUACGAGGUAUAGUUUCUCCUUCUCCAAACCAAAUAUUCCUUAACAAAAAACUCAGUGGCUCAUCAAAGAUUAAACUCCAGAAUGUUUGGCGCCGCACCGUUCGAUGCGCAGUUGGAUUCCGUCCCUGCAUUGACAUACACAAGGGGAAAGUGAAACAAAUUGUUGGGUCAACACUUAGGGAUUCAAAUGAUGAUGGGACAAAGCUUGUAACGAAUUUUGUAUCUGAUAAAUCCGCUGCAGAGUUUGCGAAUAUGUACAAGGAAGAUGGGCUUACUGGUGGCCAUCUUAUCAUGAUUGGAGCUGACCAUUUAAGUAAAGCUGCUACCAUUGAAGCACUUCAUGCCUAUCCUGGCAAUUUACAAGUUGGAGGUGGGAUUAAUCCGGACAACGCUUUGAGUUACAUUGAGGAGGGAGCCAGCCACGUUAUUGUUACUUCAUAUGUAUUUAGCAAUGGUCAAAUGGACCUUGAAAGGCUUAAAGAUCUUGUCAAUGUCAUUGGUAAGCAGAGACUUGUAUUGGACCUUAGUUGUCGAAAGAAGGAUGGUAAAUAUGCAAUUGUCACUGAUAGAUGGCAGAAAUUCAGUGAUGUAUAUCUUGAUGAAAAUGUGUUAGAUUUUCUUGCCCGUUAUGCAGAUGAAUUUUUGGUCCAUGGUGUUGAUGUUGAAGGGAAAAAGCUCGGUAUUGAUGAAGAGCUUGUGGCAUUGCUUGGCAGGCACUCACCGAUUCCUGUGACUUAUGCCGGUGGUGUGACGACAAUGGGCGAUUUGGAGAAGAUAAAAUCGGUGGGUAUGGGGCGGGUGGAUAUUACUGUUGGCAGUGCUUUAGAUAUAUUUGGUGGGAACCUAGCAUACAAAGAUGUUCUUGCUUGGCAUUCCCAGCAACAGGUCUUGACAAAUUAGUAACUUUUUUUGGUCUAUUCGUGUAAUGGUUUUAUUGUUCUAAAAAUAGCUGUAUCGGUGGAAAUUAAAUGAUUCCCUUCACAAUUUUGUAAUAACUGCUAGUAGCAUCAUUGUUAAUUUGUAGUCUGGGACUUUUUAAAUUUAUGUGUAAUGAGGAAUACAAUAGUCGUCCAAUUUUACCCUUCCCA